CAUCUCCUGCUCUCACCUUUCAGAUGGGGCAUCCUCUUCUCUCACCCGAGGGACUUCACGCCUGUCUGCACCACAGAGCUUGGCCGGGCGGCGAAGCUGGCGCCCGAGUUCAGCAAGCGCAACGUGAAGAUGAUCGCUCUCUCUAUUGACAGCGUCCCAGACCACCUCUCCUGGAGCAAGGACAUCAACGCAUACAACGGGGAACAACCUGAGGAGAAACUCCCCUUCCCCAUCAUUGCUGAUGCAAACCGGGAGCUCGCUGUCAAGCUGGGCAUGCUGGACCCAGAUGAGCGGGAUAAGGACGGCAUGCCCCUGACUGCUCGCGUGGUGUUUGUUUUUGGCCCGGAUAAGAAGCUGAAACUCUCCAUCCUGUACCCAGCCACCACCGGGAGAAACUUUGACGAGAUCCUGAGAGUGGUGGACUCCCUGCAGCUGACAGCAUACAAGAAAGUCGCUACCCCUGUGGACUGGAAGCCUGGUGACAGCGUCAUGGUUGUGCCCACCUUACCUGAUGAGGAAGCCAAGAAGCUCUUUCCCAAAGGCGUCUUCACGAAGGACCUUCCGUCAGGCAAGAAGUACCUGCGUUACACCCCGCAGCCGGAGUGAGCGGGCCUGCCCGUCUGUGCCUGGCUCCUGCCUCCCUGACACCGCACGAUCAGCAGCCUCGUAGCAUCACACACACUGAUGGUGCAUCACAAUACUAAACCAAUCCUCCCCAUCUCUUUCAUCUCCCCACAUCCCCUCAAAACUAAAACCUGGGUGUUUUCUUGCCUUGAAUCAGCCCUGCAAGGAAGAGGUUAGCAGACCAGUGUGGGCUCCGGUGCUUGCACUGUGGAGUCUCUCCUGUUCGGCACUGCCCAAGCUUUUCGCAGAGGCACGGUGAGAAGCUUGGUGUCAGCAGCCAGGCCCUGGAGGGGAGGUCCUGCUGGGCUCGCACACCUCCCAUCGAGGAGCUUCAGGAGCUCCAAACUGCUGCGUGCCUUUCGGAGCAGCCAUCACUAACGCAUUAACACCUUUGGUCCCGUGCGUAGGGGAGGAGCUGCAGAGCCAAAUCUCUCACUUCUUACUGCUUUCUCAUCUCUUGCUGGAAGUUGAUUGUUUUCACUGAUUUGUGGAAGAGGGAAUACAGCAAAUAAACUGAUCUUCAGUACUACCUGCAGUAUCCCUCGUCUGCCUCUGCUGGCGUCCACGGCACCCUGCACCAUUUACUUGGUUCCCUAGGCCAUGCAGCUGGGAUGUGCCCAUGCUCUUGGGUGGGUGCCAGCGGCACAGAUUGCCCUUCUUGCUCUGUAACUAGGGCACUUUGGAAAUGCAGGUUAUCUCAGGGCACACCGUUUCAGAUAAGGCAGCAGGGCCCAGGGCAGCCAUACUGCUCCUGCUUUGGUGGUGGGAAGGAGGAGAUAUCUGCUCAGGGAACAUGCCUCAGCCUGGUCUGCUGUUAGCUGUGGCUUGGGGGGUCCUACCCUGCUUCCCAGGGCAUGAGUGGGCACGAUACAAGCCUGCUCGCCUGCGCCUACACCUCAGGGAUCUGUCAAGAGAGGAGCGAUGUUUUAAUAUGCUAGGAAAGAAACCUGCUCACCAAAUAGCUCAUAGGCUGAGCACCAGCAUCUCUUGCUGCCCAGUGCAAUCAGCAACACUCAAAACCAGCAGCUGUUAAAGAAAUAGGCUGGCUCAGGGCACAAAUGUACCCCACAGCAAGUGGGAACUAGUAGGGUUGAUGCUCAUGGUAAGCAAUGCACUGGAUGUAAUGAGCUACCCUCCAGCAUCCUGCAGGGCCUAAUCCUGGGGCAGCACCCACACCCACCUGGGAUGUGGCCCAUCAGUCCUCAGACAAGGUCCAGAGCUGCUGGCUUCUCCCAGCACCCGUCACUGUCCUCCUUCACCCUGGCAUGCAGGCCAGGACACCUCACCGAGGACAUCCUUCCCCAAACAUGGCUGCGUUUCAGAGACUGCCCUCUUUUCAUUAUCAAAAAAAAAAAAAAGUGUGUAUAUUAAUAUUUAAUUGCCUUUAGGAACCAUACAGUGAAUAGUUGUAUAUUUCCCCAAAAGACUUUUUAAUGAACCGCUAUUAUGAAACUCUGUAUUAUUCCUACGUAUUAUUUUUACUCUUAAAAAGAAAAGCCCUGGUCUCUGGUUUGACUCAUUACCCCUUUCACUCUGCAAGAAGUGGGAGGGAGAUCAGCAAUUUCAAGGGGAAACAUUCCUUUUCUAUGUAGUUUUUUUUCAGCCUUAUCAAGCUUGGCAGCUUCCCUCGUUCCCCACAGUUGGGCUGCACGAGUUCCUGGUUUUCCUGCUAGGCUCUCGGCACACAGCCCUGGCCUUGAUCUGGUUUUCUCAGGGAGAAAGGGCUGUCUGCCCCUCCUUCCCCAGAGCUUUCCAACAGACUGCCCAAUUUUCUGGACGCUUGAGGACAUGGCCCCACGGCAAGCUUUGUGCAAACAGGCUGCUCUGAGCAUCCCCAGGGAAGGGGCACUGCAGGGCGAGCACAACCUGCAAGUCGGGACAAGGGGGAACCAAGACCCAUCACCAGACAAGGGGGCUUAAAGCUGGCAGAGGCAGCUGCUGGUCCCACUUAUGAGCCAGGCAGGGGCUGACGGACAAGAGCCCACAAAUUCCUGCCUGCUCCCCCAUGCCACUGUGUCCCUGGAGAUGCAAGCCAGCCAGAUGGACUCAAGCAAACACAGGCUUUGGUUCCAGUACAGCUCAAGUGGUUUUCUUUUAAUCCCAGAGAAGUGAAAUGCAACAUUUGUUCGAGUUGGUAAUAACAUCCAGAGACAGAAGUCCAAGCCCCCUACUUGGUCAAGUCAUUUGUGUUUAAGGCACUCUGCAAAACCAGCUUUCCUCUUCUCCUCCUUCUGAUUUUCCCCAUGCGGCAGCAGAAUACCUGGUUUGGUCUUUUCUCCAUAGUGACACCCACACGUCCUGGCUCUUCUCACCAAUUCUGGAAAUUGGCAACAGCAAAUCCAGCGGGAGCCGAAUGGAGAAAUGCCAGGAGGCCGGGUCAAUAAAUACGGACGGGCACGGGAGGGAGCACAGCGCCUGGGGAGGGGGCACAGGGGCUUCGAACUUUUGCGGGAAGGGAACAGGCACCGGGUGUCCUCCCUGCAGGUACCGACGUGAUUCCCCCUUCCUUUCUCCCCACUGGCUCCAAAACGAACAGGAGCGUGGGGGC